CUUGUAUUUCAGCAUGGCACGUCUCCUUCUUUCUCAUUGCAAAACUUCACGAACACUGCAAUUAUGGCGCCGGAGGUCACACACUUUCGUGACCUGCACUUUGUUGCAGAGUCGUUUGAUCCCGCCACCAGAGCCUUCUUGGACACUACGUUUGCACUCAUCGACAAGGACGACGAAGUCUACUUCGGCCAGCUGCCUAUCCGCAAACUUAAGAUCUCUUUGGAAGAGUAUUCGGCCGCGCUCGUGCGGGUCCCAGACGCAGAAAUAUACCCUAAGCUGCCCGACAGUGGUGAAGAACUUUUCAUUUUCCGAGACGAGCAACCGCUGGCGAGCAACCUCUACCUCAAGCGACCGAGGCUGGUCGAAUACGAGGAAUACAAGGAGCAGGACUGCGUCGAAAUCAUCCCUGGUCUACUGUAUGAGGAAACUCGGAACCUGGAAGCGAUUUCUCGACACCCUCAUCCUGGCAUCAUCGGCUACCACGGAUGUCGCGUGAGGAGAGGCUUCAUCACUGGGCUGGUGCUCGACCGUCACCCUACCGACCUCAAGCAUCGCGUCAGAGAGGAAGGCAAACCGCCUCUCGAUAGAGUGGCCUUCAUGGGUGCCUUGGAGUCAGCCCUCGCUCAUCUGCACAACCUCGGCCUCGCCCACAACGAUCUCAACCCUGCAAAUAUAUUGAUCAGCGAAACGGGCAUGCCGAUUCUCAUCGACUUUGACUCAUGCCGUCCCGUCGGACAAAAGCUGCUUCAUAGCCGUGGCACACCAGGCUGGACCGACGAAUCGGACAGUUGGGACACGUCAGAGAUUCGACACGAUACGUUUGCUAUUGGAAAGAUCCGGGAAUGGUUAGACGAGCAGCUGAAGGUAGUCGACCCCACGCUGUAAGCAACCUGCAC